UUGCCUUGUUUACUCUACUUUUUAGAUCCUAAAUUUUUUAAUGUAUGAUAAUAAUCUACAAAUAUAACCUACAAUUUUUCGGCUUUAUCUCAUUUUUAUUUUUUGUCAACUCUCUCUUGAAGUUUGAUUGUAUUUGUACAUAUAUUCCUAGUAAACAAUUGCAUGAGAUUCGCGAAGGUGAUAUGAAUUAUUAAGCUUUAAUAAUAACUUUGGAAAUAAAAAUCGUAUAAGAUAUUUUUUCUUAAAAAUCGUUUAUUCUGACUUCGCAUACAUAUCUAUGUACUAGGAGAAAAUUAAAUAAUAUACAUAUUAAAGCUGUUUCAAAUUGUAUUUGUUUGGUACGCAAUCGUUUGUUAGUAUUUCAGUAAUACUUGAUAAUUUAAGGUUAAGUGUAGUAUGUUUUAAUAAAUACAUUCGUAAUAUAUAAAAAUUAAAUUAAAGACGAUGUCUCUAUACGACGAUUUUGACAAACACAGAACGUCGGAAAAAGUAGUUGGAUGGUCAUCUAGUAUCAAAUUAUUACAAUCUCAACUACAAUUAAAAAAGGCUGCCACUACACAGCCAAAACGCGAACAAUAUAGAAAAGCAACAGCAGUAUUAGCACCUGUGAUAGAUUUAAAGUCAAAAGCCAAUCGGAACACAGAAAGAGAAGAUGAUGGGCCACAUAAUAAUCCACUCUCUUCUGGUACUGUUAGCAGUAUUGGAGUAGGAGGUGAAUUUGAUUGGAAUGUAAUAAAUGAAUAUGAUCCUAUGUGGCCUAAUGAAUAUGAUAAAGUUGUUAAGGAACUAAGAGAUUUACGUGAUAGAGAACACGAUCAAGAGACUGAAAUGCGUAAACGUAGACGAGACAGUUCGCGUUUCGAAGAUACACAGGCUUCCUCUGGGAAUACUACAAUGAUUCCCCCUGAAAGAGAUGAGGAAAGAACUCCUACAUCAAGAGGUAUUGCCGGGGGAGCAGCUAUAGCACCACCACCUUCCCUACAAGAAUCUUCUGAGCUUCCACCUCCAACACCAAGACCACCAACUAGUAUAGGUUAUGCUACAUCAUCAGUAGCAGCAAAAAUAAUGGCUAAAUAUGGUUUCAAAGAAGGACAAGGACUUGGUAAAAAGGAACAAGGAAUGUCUGUUGCUUUACAAGUAGAAAAAACUAGUAAACGAGGUGGAAGAAUUGUUGGAGAAAGAGAACAACUUAUGCCACCACCACCACCUGUUGCUGUUUCUCCACCUCCAACACAACAGCAGGUCGCACCUUUACAACCUUCGGAAGAACCUAGCAUUACUGAAAUAAUGAAAUGUCCGAGUAAGGUUGUAUUAUUACGUAAUAUGGUUGGUCCCGGAGAAGUGGAUGAUGAUCUUGAACCUGAAGUCAAAGACGAAUGUAAUACGAAGUAUGGCGAUGUAGCGCGUGUUAUUAUCCAUGAAGUAACAGAAGCUGCUCCAGAAGAAGCUGUUAGAAUUUUCGUGGAAUUUAAGAGAAUAGAAAGUGCUAUUAAAGCUGUGGUUGAUUUAAAUGGACGCUUUUUUGGUGGAAGACAAGUUAAAGCAGGUUUUUAUUCCAGUGAAAAACUUGAUAGUUUACAAUUAAUGGACUAACUUCUUAUUUUAAGACUUUACCUAAUAAAUACAUCUUAAAAAAUAUAAUAA